AUGUCUGCCAAGUUGGAGCUUCCCUUCAGGCCAGACGACCAGCUGACGGAGGUGAUGCGUCUGCGAGUUCAAUCCCUGCAGCAGCGUGGUCAGAAGAGACAGGAUGGUGAACGUCUGCUGCUUCCCAACGAGGCCGUGUACCGCCUGGACUUCUCCAAACAGUCCCUCCGGUUCUCACACUGGAUAGUGCGUCUGGCUCAGACUGGACGUCUCACCAUCACGGCCACCUCGCAGCUGUGGACGCCUGACCUUACCAACCUGAUGACGCGUCAGCUGCUGGAGCCUGCAGGGGUUUUCUGGAGGGCGCCAGGUGACAGCCUUGAUGCAACCAUCCAGUACUACGAGGCUGAUGCACACGAGUUUGGUGAGAGGAUUGCAGAGCUGGCUAAGGUGAGGAAGGUGAUGUACUUCCUGUUUGCUUUUGAAGAGGGCUGCAGCCCAGAGACUGUUGACUGCUCCAUCACCUUCACGGUGGAAAGCUGA